AUGGUGCAGACAUAUGGUGUAGCCCCCACCAACGAACGUGAGAAUGUAGGCCUUGAUACCGGAGAGAGCGAUGCAUUGCUAGGUGCAGAGGCGAGCACAAGUCGUCCGAAGAGGGAUGGGCAUGCAAGUAUAGUAAGCUCUGUGGGAAAUCUAGCGAAUACCAUCAUCGGAAGCGGGAUGCUUACUUUCCCUCUGGCGAUGGCGUCCGCGGGCAUAGUUCCAGGCAUCAUCACAUGUAUGUUUUCUGGAAGCGCAGCCGCCUUCGGUCUUUACCUGCUGUCGUUGUGCGCGGUCAAGGCGCCACAUCGUAGAGCUUCAUUCUUCGCUGUUUCAGAACUGACAUUCCCUCGCGCCGCGGUUUUCUUUGACGCUGCCAUUGCUAUCAAGUGUUUUGGCGUAUCCAUCAGCUACUUGAUCAUCAUCAAGUCCCUUAUGCCCAACGUUGUUGCUGCUUUAUACCAUGACCUCGCUUCUACAGUCCCCCCUGUCUGGGCACAGUCAGGACGUAUUUGGAUUACAGUCAUUGGAGCAAUCUUGUUUCCCUUGUCAUUCCUUCGCAAGAUAGACAGUCUCAGGCACACGAGUUAUGUGGCUUUAUUUUCUGUCGCAUACCUACUGGUAGUGGUAGUUGUCUGCUACUUUUCUCCAAUCAGCGACACCCAGGCCCCCGGAGAUAUCCACCUGAUUCAUUUCACACCUAGUUUUGUCUCCACUUUUCCGGUGCAAGUCUUCGCAUUCACAUGCGCACAGAACAUAUUCCCAAUAUUCAACGAGAUAUCUUCUAAUUCCCAAGCACGGAUGAAUCUCGUCAUUGGAACCUCGAUCGGAUCGGCAGCAAUUAUAUACGAGAUUAUAGGUGUUUUCGGAUAUCUCACUUUCGGUUCAAAAGUUGGUGCCAACAUUAUCGCGAUGUACCCAUCCACGUCGCUCUUCAUUGCUGUUGGACAAUUGGCUAUCGCUAUUUUGGUUAUGUUCUCGUAUCCCCUCCAGGUGCAUCCAUGUCGCAACUGUCUAGACAAGGUAUUCUCAUUUGGCCAUAUUGCGAAACAAGCUACCGAUAGCGAAGACGAAAUGAUUGAAGACGAUCACGGCAGUGGCCAUGAAAUGAGCACCCUCAAACAUGCACUCCUUACGAUUGCCGUCGUCGUUGGUGGGUUCAGCAUUGCGUACUUUGUCGACGACCUACAGAUGGUUCUGUCGUUUGUCGGCUCGACUGGAUCGACCACAAUCUCCUUUAUCUUACCGGGCUUGUUCUACUGGAAGUUGUCACGCAAUGACCCCAGCACAAAUCGGACACUGUCGAAGGCAUCCCUCGGACUAGCGCUAUACGGUAUCUUCGUCUUCAUUUUCUGGUGA